GAUAAAAGAUGCAAAUGUGGAGGCGGCUGUUUAAGUCUGGGAAACUUUUUGCUUCCGAUUUUCAGCCCUUCUCUUCUGAAAAAUUUCUUCGUAUUUGAUGCCACCUUCUGUCCGCAAAUAAACAAACAAACAAAAUAAGAAAAUAUAUGAACAAAAUAAACGCAAGUAGCCACCAAAUUGAGUUUUACAACCGAUCAUUUGCCCAGCAUGACCAAUUAGCAUAAAAGAAUAAUCUAGCCUCGCUUUGCCUGUUUUACAGUCUGUCAUUGAUUGACAACAUAAAUAUGCAUAAUUUAUUUUCCAAACUUCCCGCUGCAAACAAUUUAACCAAACUGUAAAUUAUCACUUUCUAGAUUGUUUUAUCUAAAUGCAGUUACGCGAUAUCCGGUCACAUCUUUACCAUUUCUUCCUUGAAGUGUAAUUCUAAAUUUCGCGCCAUUUGUCCGGACUUAGUCUUUUGAAGAAGUGAUUUUUUAUUCCCAGUGGUCCGCUGAAGUGAUUAGUAAAAUAAAUUCUACACUUAUCAAACUGCUUCAUCUCCUGUUUAUAAAUCUUUGAAAAACGAUGUAUAAAAAUUUGUAAAAUUUUCAGAUAUCAGUAUAAAAACCAAUCAUACUAAAAUGAAAACAAAACACGCAGAAGUAAUUUCGUUUCCGCGUUUGAACAAUGGCUAUUUCUGUUCCCCUGCCCUGUUCCCCGCUGUUUUGAAUAUGAGACUCAUAAGAAGUUAUCCUGAUUAGAAAAAUUGUUUUUAUCGCUGUUUUUUCCAAGUUAUAUUCAAAACUGCGAAGGCUGAAAAAUUGGGUGACAUCGACUCCAUGUUAUCUUUAUCAUUACUUUUGGUUCGGUGCCAUAUUUGAUUCAAUUGAUAAUUUAGCGAAACAGUAAGCGAAUAGUUAGAAAUUUAAAUCUGAUACUUUGGAUUUUUUAUUCUACGAUUUCACAACACUACUAUUUUUGUGACAUCGUCCGAAAACAAUAAUGCGCCUUAAAACACUCAAAAUAACUAUUUUACCUGUUUUUUGUAUUUUUGUAUUUAUGAUAAUUUGUUCUAUUCCGUCUGUAAACAGUCUUUAUCAGCUUCACGACUUUAAGAACAUUCGCAUUGGUGGUGUAUUUCACGAUGCUGAGACCAAAAAUCACUUUCUGGAGACCAUCAGCAAUGCAAACUCGAGACAAGUGGACAAAUUAAGCUACAAGGAGCUCCUUCGUUCGGGUGCCGUGUCUUUCGGAAGCCAAUCAGAUUCUAGUGUUGACUCCAACCGAGAGAGCGGCCUAUUAUGGAAGGAUAGUCGACUGGUGGCCAGUGAUUUCGUGGCUUGGGAUCUGCAGACAAACUUGACGCGUACUCUGAACGAGCUGUGUCAUUACGUACUGGAGAAAAAUCAAGGUGUUCACGUGGUGGUAUGGGACCUUAGUGACCCUCUGGUUACGAGUGUGUUCCUCCAACUAACUUCUCAAUUGCGCAUUCCCACUAUACUCACCAACUUCAGGCAACAAAUCGGACAAAAUGUGAAUCAAGUGCCAUUUGACCUUAUUCAGCAAGAGACCUCGGCCUUGACUCUUCUGCCCACCUUUGCACAGGAAAUGGGUGCCAUUCUGUAUCUGAUGCAGUUCUAUUCCUGGCCCCACAUGGUUCUUAUAGCAAGGGUGGGGCAGGAUACAGACGCCGCACUCAAUAUAAUCGAGGCCAACAGCGACUCAAUUCGUCCUUUCGAGCAUCAUCCGCCCAUUCUGUAUGCGACUAAAAAUGGUAUAUGGUUGACUGUCAUGCCUAAACUCAUUGCUGUUCGCAGCAGAAACAAAGUGAACAUUUUUGUUGUGUUGACGGAUGCAGAUGAGGCUGCCCAAAUCUUCAGACUAGCUGGCUCUCUCAGUCUUCUUGACCCGAAGUACGUGUGGAUAGUGUCUGAGAGAGUGGUGAGAGGAAGGCAGUCCAAUUACAUGCCAGAGGGUCUGGUCGGGUUCAGGGCCAACAUCCCCAGCAGCCAGUCCAGGAUCACAGACGCUGUCAAAAUGAUCAUCCGUGCGCAUCGAGAGGAAAGUAGGAAAGGGGAGGCAUUCUACGUGGUCCAGAGGUCAUGCUACUCAGCUGAACAGAUGCUACACCACCCAAAAACACUGGCUCCAGCCCUCCUAAACACUUCGAUGCUGGGCAGCGAUGGCCUGAUCACCUUCGACAAGACACUUCUGCCAGGACAUAGAAGCACAUACAACUACAGUCUGGUCAACCUCCAGAAAAGCUCUGGAUCUGGUCAACUGCAGUGGAGAUCGAUGGGGGAGUUCUUCGUGCAGUCCAAUGCCUCCCUCUCUCUCAAGUCCAUCAAGUGGAUCGGAGGCAGCAGCAACGCACCCUCCUCCAAAAGCCUUGGUGGCAGUUUCCGUCUAGUUUCGGUGUACGAGCAGCCCUUCAUUAUCACCUCGCCUGUCAAUCACUCUUCUCUCAACCCUACAGGGGUCAACAGAGGUCAUCAGGACUUGAUCAAACUUGUGAAUGAUGAGUCAUUCUCCAGCUCAGUGUGUCCUGAGAAGUCUCAAGUAAUGUGUCUUGUACACUCGCCAGAAGUGACUGCUGCCACAGUAUAUUCGUCCAAGUACACCACUGUCAACUGUUGCACUGGAGUACAUGUCGAAUUCAUCCUGCAAAUGAUCGACAACAUAUACGCGAAUGACGACAGGAGACCGGAGUUCACAAUACACAUUAUGGAGAACAGCACUUACGGUCUCUACAACACCAAACAGUCAAAGUUCAGUGGCGUUCUUGGAAAAGUCUCCGACGAAACAUUUGAUUUGGUCUUCGGCCCGAUUAGCAUGACGGCUGACAGAACGAGGCACUUUGAGUUCUCUCAUAUUUACUACUGGAGUAACCUUGUGGUGGUGACAAAACGACGAGCCAAGACGAGUGAUCCUUCUUCCAUUUUGAGACCCUUUCACAGCUACGUGUGGCUUGCAAUCGCAAUGUCAGUUUGUGUGGUUUCAGUAAGUCUGUGGAUAGUUGAGAAGUACAGUCCCUUUGGAGGAGCCAAGGUCAAUAACUCCUCCUUUUCAUCUUCUGGACUACUGCCACAUCAGGAGACAUCUUUCGAACACCAUACUAGUCGUCUCACCCCUUUGGACAAUAACUUCGGCAACCAGUUCGAUGCCACAAACUCAAGCUGGUACACAGUGGGUGUGUUGUUGGGCGUGUCCCUGAUGAGUAGGGUUCCGAAGGCCACCAGUUCGAAGCUGAUCAGUCUGAUUUGGAGUCUGUUCUGUCUGGUGGCACUGACCACGUACACUGCCAACCUGGCCGCCUUCAUGGUCUCCGAGACACCCACCCUCACAUUCCCACAGGGAUUCUUCCACGAUAGCAGAGUGCGCAACCCUUCGGAGGAAUUUGUGAUUAGCACAGUAUGUGACUCGUUCGUAAUUGAGAAGUUCAGAAAUGACGAGGAGUUCCAACGACUCGCUCAACACCUCGAGAAGAAGUGCGUCAAGACGACCGAGGAGGGAUUCGAAAAGGUGAGACGUAGUGAGGUGAAUGCGUUCCUGUGGGACUCGGGGCCCUCCAUCUACAGCAUCUUGAGUGAUGUGAAAGAGAAAGAACAGUGCCAACUGGUCAUCUCAGAGGUCAUCGCAAGCAGCGGAGGCUAUGGGAUCGCAGGUGCCAGGGGCACCCCGUUCAUCCAGCUGGCCAACAUGGCCAUCCUGUCCUCCUCUCUCACCAAGUAUGAGGCGGCCUAUGAGAAGUGGCUGCCGGAGAGUGCCUGUGAGAUCUACGAGAGGAGUGCGGUGAAAAAGCCUGGCUUUCUCUCAGGCUACACGCACCAGAUCACAGCUGAACACGCCACGGGCAUCUUGUACGUGUUGAUAGCUGGGAUGAUCCUGGGUGGUGUGCUGCUUCCCUUUGAGACCCAUUUAUACGAACGCUACUCGGCCUACUUCCGUGGAAAUCGUGCGGAGGCCAUGUGGGACAAGGUGCUGGAGUCGAAGCGUGGCAUUUUGAUGAGUGACGGAGAGAAGAACGAAGUGCUGACUCAGAAGGUGGUGAGACUAAGGGGCGAGAGGGAGACGCUGAACGAGACCAUUCACCAACUGCAGACUCAACUCAACUCUGCCGAGAGGGAAAACGAAGGGCUACGAAGUAAGUUGCUGCAUGUGCCACAGCCAGCUGUCGCUACUGUACACGAAGAAGAUUUCUUAUUUGACUGCGAAGAUGCUCUGUUGGACAACACGGAAAGCACUAAGCCGAUACAAUGAUUCAACCAAUCAAACGUUGAUUAGUGGCAACUCUACAUACAGAACUACAUACUCUGAAUUAUUGUACUUUAUUUG